GGGAUUGAAUUUCAGCUUCUCUACUCUAAAGAGGUUGGGUCUUCUCUGCGAGCAGGAAUAUUUCAAGAGGAUGGAGCACAGCAAGACAAGAUGCCAAGCACUUCCAGAAGCUCCCAAACUUUGUAUCAAUAACUGUGGAUUCUUUGGAAGUGCAACAAGCAUGAACUUGUGUUCCAAAUGCCACAAGGACUUGGUAUUGAAGCAAGAACAAGUCAAAGUCCCUGCAGUAUCCAUUGAAAGUGAUGUGAAUGCCAAUCCCAAUAACUGGGGAAAUGAGCUUGCUGUGACUUUAGAUGUACAAGCUGGUUCAACAUAUUUGCCUCUUAUCUCAGUUGAGGCAUCCAGUACUCUGCCUCCAAACAAUGAGGAUAAGGUGAAAGCGACUCCAACCCGGUGCAACACUUGCAGGAAACGUGUUGGUCUCACUGGGUUCAAUUGCCGCUGUGGACAUAUCUUCUGUGCAGUUCAUCGCUACUCUGAUAAACACGACUGUCCAUAUGACUAUCGAGCUGUUGUGCAGGAUGCUAUAGCAAAAGCCAACCCUGUUGUCAAGGCUGAAAAGCUGGAUAAAAUAUGAACAAGCAGCCUUGGAAGAAGAAGCAUUCCUCUUUGAUGUAUUAUUAUUGCAUACAUGCUCUCAUUUUCAUCUAUGUGUCCUCUGCAUCUAUUAAGUUAUCGUUGUUAUUUUGUGUUA